AUGGUUCACAAUAACAUUCCGGCGUUCUUGCUCGCCUGCUCAAUCUUCCACGCUGGAAUGACAUAUGCCUCAUCUGACAAUCAAGCGACGGGCUCUGACGCCGUGAAACCCUCCUACGACACUUUCGCUGUGCGAGAUAUCGAUUACAUGUCCAGCGUUUACGCUCGUGAACCCGAACCCGAGUCAGAUUUCUGGGGGCACGAAGCGCGAGAGCUCGAUGGUGACGACGAUCACAACACUCCCUCAGAUUCCUCCCAUAACCACAGCGCACGCGAAGUCGACGGAGACGUCCACGCUAGCGGCGAUAAUCACCACCAACGCCGAGCAGCUCUGGACUACGUUAUGGACCUCGCCGCACGCUCAGUCGAUCAAGACGAUCACGAAGACGAACGGCUAGCACGACGUGAACAGCUCGACCGCAUCGUCGAGCUUGCUGCGCGAUACGCACCCCCUCAGCCACCGCCCAACGAUAACGAUAAAGAUAAGGACAACAGCGAGCGCAGCCUCGCUGAUGACGAGCGCCUGGAAGCGCGAUCUGCUCUGGGGAUGGCGCUGCGCCCGUUCGCGAAGGAGCUCGGGGACGUCAUCAAGCAGGUUAUCGCCAACAAAAUGCACAGACGCGAGGAGGCUGACGAUGGAGGGGAGUUCGAUGCGCGGGAUCUGCACGAUGCGGUCCACGACGAGCUGGUGGCGCGAAGCGCGUUUGGGAUGGCGUUCAGGCCCAUUGCACAGGAGCUCGGGCGCGCGUUCAGGACGGCGGUACUCGAGAAGGUGAAGAAGCGGGAGGUGGAGGAGUUGGAGAUGCGCAGUGCGUUUGGGAUGGCGUUCCGCCCUAUUGCGCAGGAGCUGGGGAGGGCGUUUAGGACUGCCAUCCUUGAGAAGGUGAAGCGAGAGAUUGACGAUCGCGCGGAGGCUGAUGGGGUGCUGGAGAGCCGCGAAGACGUAGUCGAGUCUGCCCUGCAAUCAUAA